GAGCGGCGCAUCCCUCUCGCCCGCAGCCACAGCGGCAGGAGCAGCACCAGCAUCGCGGCGGGACAGCAUCAGAUGGGCAUGGGGACGGCGCUGGCGGCGCGGCUCGGCCUGGGGCUGCUGCUCCUUGCCCUCCUCCUUCCCACGCAGAUCUACUGUGGUCCCAAUGGAACAAGUCCAACACCUUCAAACAAUUCUUCAGCAAGUUCCACUUCUCUGUCAGCUGUCACAAAUUCAGUGAACAAUACCACCACUCACGGACAUGGAAAUUCUCUUCACUCAACCACAAGCCUUUUUUUCAUUCUCUCCGUUUCUCUUCUGUAUUUUUGCUGUUAAGAGACUCUGGCAUGGAAAUGGCUACCACUCCCCACCCCGUUUCCUGAGCCGCCUGAGAUGGCUAGAUCUCCAACCCAGCAUGAGAAGAAAUCAAUCCAAACUCCACAUCAAACCAGCUUGGUUCCACUCCAUACUCAAAUUAGUACCAGUCUGACCUAGAGAAACACUCAGUAUUCUGACUUUCAAAGCUGACCAGUGUGAAAAGAUCAGCUUCAGCAAGGAGGUAAAAUUAUGAGCUCUUUCACCAAAUGAGUUGGAAUCUGAAAAACAAGAUGGGAA